AUGGUAGACUCCCGGAUCGCGGGAAUUGGUGACCGCCUGCUGCCUGAGCCGAGGCUGCGCCCUCCGCUGGGUGCGGACGCACAUAAUGCCGCCGCCGCCACCGCCGCCACCGCAGGAGCGACCAGCACUCGCCGCGAGGCGAAGCGCGCUGCCCCCGCCCCGGCCGUAGAGCCAGUGCCCGCCCCGGCCGUAGAGCCGGUGCCCGCCCCGACCCCAGUCCCCGCUGCGACUUAUGCCGCGGCGGCGAAAAAGGGUAAGGGGAAGGGCAAGAAGAGCUUGGCGGCCCGCGAGGCCGAGGCCGCCCGCAAGCCAGAGCCGGCGCCCCCCGCUCCCCAGCCCCAACCUGAGGAGGCCUGGAACGUGGUGACGCGGAAGGCGAAGGCCCCGAAGCAGGCGGCAACGGCCCCCGCGACGCCCGCCGCAUCCAAGAAGAAGAGGAAGAGGGGCCCCGACGGCGACUGCGUGCUCCUAAAACGGCAGCAGUCGUCAUAA